CACACAUUCACACACUCAGGAGCAGAGGCAGAGAGAGGAACACACAGAGCGAGUCACAGAUUGUGGGGAUCCUUCAGUGGCUUUUUUUUCACUUGCAUGAACACAAUCGCAGACCCCCCCAGGAUCUAAAGAUGUGGACAGAAGUCGGGAAGCUUGUGCUAUUACAUUUGUUACUCAUGGAGCUCCAUUGCGCAAAAGGAACUGAUAAGGAGUCGGAGUGUGAAACCGGGCAGUUUCAGUGCAAGAACGGACGGUGCAUCCCGACCCUGUGGAGAUGUGACGAUGAUGAUGAUUGCUCAGACAGCAGCGACGAGGAGAACUGUCCAAAGAAGACAUGCGCUACCACAGACUUUGCCUGUAAGAAUGGACAGUGCGUCCCCGCUAGGUGGCGCUGUGAUGGAGAACCGGAGUGUGCAGACGGUUCAGACGAGGCUGAUGCAAUCUGCAGCCGACAGACCUGUCCACCAGAGAAGUUUGAUUGCGGAGGGGCUGCCAGCAAAUGCGUUUCGUUGUCAUGGCGAUGCGACGGAGAGAGGGACUGUGAGAACGGGGCAGAUGAGGAGCAGUGCGCUGCAGAUGCCAAGGCCUGCCCCUCCAAAGAUUUCCAGUGCCACAAUGGGAAGUGCGUGGCCCCAAUCUUUGUGUGUGAUGGAGACGACGACUGCGGGGAUGCCAGCGAUGAAGAGAAGUGCACGGCUCCCACCUGCGGCCAGCACGAGUUCCGCUGCAAUGACUCCGAGUGCAUCCCCGCUCUGUGGAGCUGCGACGGCGACCCGGACUGCAAGGACAAGUCGGACGAGUCCAUGGAGCGCUGCAGCCGGAGGACAGAGCCCCAGAAACCUCGCUGCCCGGUGGGCGAGUUCCAGUGUGGGAGCGGGGAGUGCGUCCACAUGAACUGGAAGUGCGAUGGAGACGCGGACUGCAAGGAUAAAUCGGAUGAAGCAAACUGUCCCCUGCUUACGUGUCGACCUGAUGAGUUCCAGUGUGGUGAUGGAUCCUGUAUCCACGGCACCAAACAGUGUAAUAAAGUUCACGACUGUCCGGACUACAGUGAUGAAGCUGGCUGUGUCAACGUCACAAAGUGCGACGGGCCAAGAAAGUUCCGCUGUAAGAACGGGGAGUGUAUUGACAGCAGCAAGGUGUGUGACAAUGUGAAAGACUGCAAGGACUGGUCAGAUGAACCCAUGAAGGAGUGCGGCCUGAAUGAGUGUGCAGACAGCAAUGGCGGCUGCUCCCACAUCUGCAGGGACCGCAGAAUUGGUUAUGAGUGUGACUGUCCGUCUGGGUACAAACUCCUGGACAAAAAGACUUGUGGAGACAUAGACGAAUGUGAGAACCCAGAUGCCUGCAGUCAGAUCUGCAUCAACUACAAAGGAGAUUAUAAGUGCGAAUGCUACGAAGGCUACGAGAUGGACCCUGCCUCCAAGACCUGCAAGGCCGUGGGAAAGAGUCCAUACCUGAUGUUCACCAACCGUCACGAGAUCCGUCGCAUUGACCUGCUGAAGAGUGAAUACACACAGGUGGUGCCCACGCUGAAGAACGCAGUGGCCCUGGACGUAGACGUUGCCACCAACAAGAUGUUCUGGUGUGAUCUAUAUCAUCGUAAAAUAUACAGUGCUUACAUCAACAAGGCCAGUGACUCAUCCCAGCAGGUGACUCUCAUUGAUUCGCUCCAUUCCCCCGAGGGUCUGGCUGUCGACUGGGUGCACAAGAACAUCUACUGGACCGACUCUGGCAACAAGAGCGUCUCUGUCGCCACGGGAGACGGCAGGAAGAGAAAAGUCCUGAUAGCCACCGAGCUUAGCGAGCCGCGGGCUAUCGCAGUCGAUCCACACCAAGGGUUUAUGUACUGGUCAGACUGGGGAGGUCAGGCCAAAAUUGAGAAGGCUGGGAUGAACGGGGUGGACCGACAAGUUCUGGUCUCUGAACACAUCGAAUGGCCCAACGGAAUCACUCUGGACUUGUCUAACAGACGUCUCUACUGGGUGGACUCCAAGCUGCACCUGCUGUCCAGUGUGGAUCUGAAUGGGGAUAACCGCAAAGUGCUGCUGUCCUCCCAUCACCACCUGGGACACCCCUUCGCCCUAACUGUGUUUGAGGAUCGCAUUUAUUGGACAGACUUAGAGGACGAAGCGAUAUACAGUGCCAACCGGCUGACGGGACAUGAUGUGGCGAAAGUGGCAGAGCACCUCAACAACCCCCUUGAUCUAGUGGUGUUUCACGAACAGAGGCAGCCCAAAGCCCCAGAUACCUGUAACAUGGGCAGCCUGCCAAACGGUGGCUGUGAGUACCUCUGUCUGAAGGCCCCCCAGAUCACAGACCACUCUCCCAAGUAUACCUGUGCCUGUCCUGACGGCAUGGAGCUGGGACCAGACAUGAGGCGCUGUGCUGUAGUCCGACCCAGAACAACCACAACAGCUGCUCCAACCACCACCACCACCACCACAACUCCAACUACAACCACUACAACAAGCGCUACAACCACUAGCACAACUGUAUCUACCACCACGACUCCCCCUACUACCACCACCACUACCACCACCUCUGCUGCUACAACACUCAGGUCCACGACCAGACGCCUGACGACACCUGCCCCUCCUCAGACUCCCAGGAGAACCUCUACGGAGCGGCCUCGGACCCCCGCUGCCACGAGUACAGAGACAACCAGUUUCAGCAGCACAAGUCAGACGUCCACAUCCACACACACGCCCCUGUUGGGCCCCGUGGCCCCCAACAGCAUACAGAGAGAGAGCAACGCCAAUCUCUCCCACAGAGCUGCAAGUGAUCACUACCUCAUAGGUAACAACAUCACAGUAGCUGUUCUGGGGAUAGUCAUUCCUAUCGUCCCUAUCCUUGCCACAGUGGUCAUCGGAUUGCUCUGCACCGGCGGAUACCUGGUUUGGCGCAACUGGCGGCGCAAGAACACCAAGAGCAUGAACUUCGACAACCCUGUUUACCGCAAAACCACGGAGGACGACGACGACGAAAUCCACAUCGGACGACACAGCGAGUCCAUCGGUCACGUGUACCCAGCAGUGAGUGGCAGCCACAGUCAGCCCUUCAUAGCGCUUCCUCUAGGGGGCGGCGUCACAGACAGCAACUCUCACUGGUACUCAGGGGCACCGAUGCUUUCCAGCAGCAAAUGAGAGAAGCUGCAGAGGAAAGGAAGGAGUUUGGAAUAUUUGGGAUAUGGGAGGUUGGGCAGGGGUUUGGAAAAAGCCCGUUUGUUGUACAUGUAGGCCUGGAGGAAAGAAAGAACAGGCUUGCACACGCACAUGCCCAAACUCUCACACAUCAUUUUUGCAGUAAUCACUGAAAACACCAAUCAUACACACACAUGCGCCCAUCCCAAGUACAUCACAUUUAUGUCACCUUCAUGACCAUACUCAUACAGUACAUAUGUUUAUCACCAUCACAUUCUUGUCGCCAACCUGUCAUCCCUUGUACGUUGUGUUCGUUUUUCUAGUGAUUGACGUGUUUGUUCCGUUACUGGGCGAGACGUGUUUCUCACGAGGCGCCCGUUUUCUUAUCAGACUCCUUACACAGACGCAUAUCAUCUUUGUUUACAGAAGCAGCAGAUGCAAAAGUUUAAAUUUUCUCAACAUGGACACGACAGAAAAUGUGCCAUCAGGUAGCAUCCUUGUCAGAGAGGAACUUUGUUGAUGUUGUCUUUGUUAACUUUGCUGCUAAAAAUAAGAAAGGGUUAUCCAGACAUUAGAGGGGCACUGAGGCUUAAAUAAUUACUGCUGUCUCGAGGCAGUGCAGAUCAUAUGAAAGAGAGAUGCAUGAUGGGGGGCAUCUGCAGUGGCUUCGAUUUCUUGGUAGAACAAAAAUGAUUUUAGUGUUGAGAUGCCUUUGAGGAGAAAGAAGACUUGCUUUAUGGUCAGACAUUUGACUGAAAAGACGGCAGAGCACAGGACUAGACCGGUCUACAAAUAAAUUGGAUUUUUAGAGUGGAUAGCAACAUCAUGGCAUUGCUCUUAUGUUGAUUUUAUUUUUGUGUUAGGGUGUAAAUAAGACGAGGAGGAUAAAAAGGGGAGCACAAAUCAGAAACAAGGACAGUCCAAAAGAAUUUACCUCUUAUUUGUCUUGAGUGCAAUUGCAGAAACCAUGAUUCUCCACAUUUCACAAGUUGCAGACUACCCUGUUGAUUUCCCGUUGAUGCAGGUGCAUUUUUUGCGAAUCACUUAUGGAAACUCCUGACACAAUGCCAGCUGUGAUUUGCUCAAACUGCACUUAAACGUACAAGACACUUCUGACAUUUAUUGAAUAUGUUUGUCAUUUUAGCUAUCGGAAAGCGAGCAGGGAAGGGCGGCCAAAAAGGAUUAUAGGGGGGUGGGAGUCUAGCGCUUUGAUCGGUUGGCAUGGUAACACAGAUUUCUUUGUGUUGCUCCAGAGAGAAAGGAGGCAAAGAAUUCUGGGUAUCAUUGGCACGAUGACAGGCUGGAGAUACACACUCUCUCACACACGCACACGCACACACACAGGAAACAGGUGCACGACAGAGUCAUAUUAAGAUUCAAGGUCGAAUUAACAACCACCCUCAGUGAAGGGCUGCAGAGAGGGAACUAUACUCUCCCAGUUUUGUUAUUUACAUCUGCACAAAUCUCUUUUAUUGUCUUUUAAAUUUUUUUACUUGUUUUCUUCCUCUCCUGUCCUCUUUUUUUUUCCCCUCUCCCCUCUUUUCCUUUCCUUUUGUGGCAGUGUGGCAACUCAGACAGCCAGAGAAAUCAGGUUGGCAUUAUGUGGGCCAGACAUUUUCAGCCGUAGGCAAGCAUCCUGCAUUCCUCGCAUAGGAGCAGCCAGAGAAGGAGGGAAUGAACAAGGGGGGGGGAUUGGAAAGAGGAGAAGGGGAAGGUCGGGGAGAGGAGAGGAGAGAGAAGUGAGGAAGGAGCAGGAGAAUGGAUGCUAUAUGAAGCUACCAUUUCUUUCCUGGAUGCCAUCUAGACUUGAAUCUCUCUUUGAUUUCUUUCCUCAUUCUCGGUCCAUCACGCCGCUCUGUUUUCUUUAUGUGCAUCUCACUUCUCUUUCUCUCCCCUACACCAUCCUACUUGUGGUAACAGUCUUUUUAUCUGCUGUUUGCAGCGCGUGGCACUCAGUCUGGAGGAUGAUGGCUAUCCCUGAGGGGGGGGUGAUGCAGCCUGCACCCCCCACUCCCCAAUCCCAUCCUGGCCCCUCCUCUCACCACAGCCUCUACACCACUACAAUGAGGCCAGUACAACGCAGAGGAGAAAGAGAAGGAGUCCUCAUUUUGCCUCCCCUUUUUGAGGAGCAGGGAUGACAUGUACAUCUUGUAAAUCCCCCCUACCUCCCUCUCCUACUUUCUCCACUGGAGUAACAUUACUACCACUACUAGCCACUACUACUUCCCUUAGUGCUAGUUCAUUAGCAGCCUCUGCUCCACUCCUCUCCUCUCUCUGCCUCUUGUUAGCUGUAGUGGUGUGUAAAAAUGCUGCUUGAUGAUUUUGUUCAAACUAACAUCAUUUGGCUAUCUCAGUGCACAUUGUAAAUAGAAGCCACCGUACAGGGGGGAAAAAGCCAGCAUGCAUUGUUUUUAAUUCCUCAUUUUAUUUAUUUGUAUGUUUCUUUGCUGUUGUAAAUAUGUGAUCAGCAUCUCUCAGCGCACAGUGCUACAGUCAGACCACUUCAAGUUGGCAAGGACGUACAGUAGCAGGCAAGGACGUGAUUUUUCUUCAUAGCUCCCUUUGCAUCUUGAGUUGACAUAACAGAUUUUAAAAGAGGGGAAUGUCAUCCUUUUUCACACCCUUCGCCCCUUGACAUAUUGUAUGUAGGCAGGCAAAGCUAAAUAUAGCCAAGGGGAAGGGAGACAGAAAAAAUGAUGGGGUUGUGUGCAUGUUUGGAGGUGAUUUCGGGGUGAAAGAGUUAGGGAGGGGGGCUUUUUUUUUUUUUUUUUUGAGGGGAAUGGGAGGAUUUGUGCCACCAGAGGGUAGUGCCUCAGGGCAGAAAGCAGCAGGGCAGAAAAGGCAAAGGAUUAUGGGUAAUCCUCUCUCCUGGUAUUAGAGGUAUGCGUACAGUCGAUAAUGAACUUGGGAUUGUUUGUUCAUUCACUGUGGGUGUUAGGACUCACACCUGUUUCUGACUUUUUGUUUGUGUUUGUGUUUGUGUCUGCUGCCAUUGAUAUUUUAGAGGUAAACCUUAAUUUCUAGACAGCAGACUGUCAUAAAACACCUUCCUGUGACUGUUUUGACAUGUGAAAAUGGUGCUUUGAGUUUCUGAGUUCUAAGACUCUCAACCCAAACACAAAAAUCCUCUCAUCAUUCGGGUAGUAAUUCAAAAGACAGGACAUUUUGUAUGUUUUCUGAAUAUAAAUACAUUUAAUUGCAUAGUUGCAUGUGCUGUAUUGAAAUCAUGAGGAAAUGGUGUCCUAGAAAUUGAAGCAUUAGAAAGCAAGGUCAUCUAGGGUAUGAGAGAGGCUUUGAUUACGACAGUAUGAAAAUGAAGAUCCAUUUGCAACUUCAUGUAAAGCUUGUGAAGUAGAACAAAUAAUAUAAUAGGGAAGAAAACGUCAAUAUGUUGCAGUUCUGUAAAUAUAUCCUGACACGGAGUAAGGCUAGGAAAAUAAGGUGUAUAUUUUGUUUUACUGAUUAAAGGCAUACUACACAGGAUUUUCCUUAAAAAAAGAGUGUAAAAAAUACAUAUAUAUAUACAUAGAUAUAUAUAUAUAUACAGACGUACAUAAAAGUAAUCCCUCUCAAUCAUCACUUGUGACCCACUAGCAGUGCCUGUUCCUGCACUCUGCCUGUAUUUUCGUAUUUACUUCCUAUAUUAAUUUGCUCGGGGUGUUUCUGGGUGUCAACCUUUGGGUAGUGGUGUGUAGCCCCCAGCCAAUAGCAGCGCAAGGUCAGGACUCUAUAAAAACGUAGCAACCAGCCGUCUCUCUUCUCCACUCUGUGGAUGUCACUUGCAGGUCUGUGAGUCUGUUUGAUCGAGGGUGAGAUUUUGCCACACACACAAGCAUGCGCUUCAGCAGAAUUCCCACAGUCUGGCAACGCGGCGCCUUCCUGCAGGGUUGUGCGAAGGUGUGGGUGUAAUUAUUUCUGCUUUAGAACAUAAGCGCUAUGAAACAAUCAGAAAAUAGUGUUUUAUUUCUCUGAUUCACUGCUUUGUUUUCGUGUACGCCGCUCCUUCUCUUUAUUCACUCUCUGGGUUUCAUGACCAGCGCUGCUCUCUCAGUCUUGUUGAGCUGAGGAGGAGGGGCCAAGUUUGAAUCCUGCAUAGUAUGCCUUUAAAUUGAUCUAUCGAUGCAAAUUUUAUUAGCAAUAGACAACUUCAAGGUACGCAUUUUUGCUGUAUUUUUGGCUCCAAAAGUCUAUAACACUACAUUUCUCUUAUAGCUAUACUAUAGCUCCCAAAAUGUCACUUUUCCUUUGGUUCAACAUAACAUGGUUUCAUAACUUCACAUCAAUCCCUGUGUUUCAGUGGCUUCACAGCGCUGCUUAGUCUUUCUCAGUCUUUCAUCCCCGCCUUUUUUUAACAAUGUGGCUGUGUAUUUUCUGGAUUAGAAGCUGCAGAAAAAGAGCCCACAUUUGGAAGGAAUCACUUUCCGCUGUCACUGACUGUUGAGCGUGGUUGUUAGUGGCCCUGUUUUGUGUGAGCAGAUGAGUAAUACGUCGAGGCUGACUGAGCCGGGCGCUGAUUUGAUUUGAAAGCUGGAUAGAGAGGCAGCGUGUAAACCAGCGUAAAGAGCUGAUCUUCCAUUGGCUUGCCGCAGACAUGCUUCCAGUCCAUCAAAUCAGAUGGAAAUCAUGCUCAGUGACUAUCACGAUAAUUGCUUAUAUUGUGUUUUAAUAGUGAAUUACUAUAGGCCGCUAUGACAAGUUAAACGAUCGCUGUUACAAGUAGUUAAAGAAUAACAACUUUCCUACUCUGGACGUCACUUGGUCUCAAUAAAGGGCAUCUUCUAGUUGUUAAGCACACUUAUAAUGAAUUAUACAAUGUAUGGAGGUGUUUUACAUUGUCCGAAUUCUACCUACAACACUAGUCUUCCAUUCUUAGAAUAACAAAUUUGAACAAUGUUGUGCAGCUGAGCUGAGCCACGAGAUGAUUUUGUCUGUCGCAUCCGUAGUCUUUUUUUAUUACAAGCAAAAACAAGUAUAGAAUGCAAACAUUAAAAGUCUUCCAAUGUAGGCUCAGUACAGAAACAGCAUAUGUAUUCAUCUUAUACGAUACAGACAGUAUGUGCAUACAAGCAAACAGUUGAUUAAUGGUAGUUAUUUUUCAUAGUUCUGACUGUUUCCUGGAAAUGUUUGCUCAGUGUGGAUGCUCGGGUAACCACGGGGGGGAAGAGAGAAACAGACAGAGACAAAGGUAGGCAGGAAAUGACUGCCAGGACUCAGACUAAAGCGUAAGCGAACAGGUUUGUGCUCGGAAGAUGAAUAGCGGGCCAUUUAUUGUGCCGGAUUUCUGCUGAUGUUGUGUCGCACUUUCCUGACACUCAUUCCCACUCACCUCCCUCGGAAGGAAGGCACUCUCUCCGCUCGGUUUACGAUGCACAGUGGGGGAUUUGUAUGUUCUGUAUGUGACAAGUGGCAUGCUAGACAGGUAAAUUAUAGUCCUCUCCAGCACUGCACUCCCCUGCGUCUAUCUAAUGAAGGAGGAUUGAGCACAAGGGGGAGACCAUCUCCCUUCAUCUUAACUUAAGUGAAGCGAAAUAAAAUGCAUGACACUGUGAGGAAGACUGUGACUCAGCUCAGCGUGAUCCAUGCCUGGCUUGGUAGCGUCAUUCUGUGUUUGUUUUAUGGCAGAAUAUUGAAUUGACAUAUAGCAAACAGUUAAAUUGACACAACUACAUUUUGGUAUAAACAGUGGUAAUUUUCUAAUAUUUCCAGUGAGUAUGAUGGCCGUGGGAAUUUUGUCAUGAAUGCUCACAACUUCAAAUGUUUAAUUAAAUCCGAUAUCUAAGUCCUAAAGGAAAGUUGAAGAUGAUGUAAGAUACCAAGGAAGAUGAAACAGGUCAGAUAUCUUUGUGAAUUUAAGAUUAAAUAAAUCACAAACCCGCUGCUGGAUUGAACCCUGGGCUGAGCCAGCUCUGCACUCCACAUACUUUCCCUUUAGGUCCAUGUUUGCUGCAGGUCUAAUGGAGUUCCAUACAGAGGGUUCGCAGUUAGGAGAAUAAAUUGCUUAUUUAUUGAGGUGACUGAGCGUGGCAUGGUAGAAAAGUUAUUAUUGCUACCGUGCGAAGACAGAUUGGCUGGUCCACAUCGUUGGCCACCUUGAGAGCAGCCGUCUCCUCUGAAGGACGCUGGGAAAGUCCAGAGAAGGACUUUUGUCAUUCAUCAUAUAGCCAGUAGUAAUUGUAGUGGUAGGAGAGGACAUGCUUUGACAGUAUGGUGUCCAUUCAGGAGCUAAUCAGUGACCUAAUGGAAGUGAAAUCAUAGAUGUAAUGUCAUUUAGCUACAUAAACAAGCAACUGCAGUUAAAAGGAUCAAGUUGAGCACUUCUCCUCACACUGAAUAGAGCUGUGUAUUGACAAGAAUCAGGCAAUACAAUACGCUUUAAGAUAUAGGGGUUACGACUGAAUAUUUUGUGAUACUGUAAGCAAGGCGAUAUAUUGCGAUUUGUUUUUUUAUCUAACUUUAGGAGCUAGCGGUACAACCUUUAUGACUGCCUGUUUCAUAGGCCCGUGUUCUUUGCGUUUAUGCUAGCGAUAGGUAAGUUGGAGCGGAUGCAUCAGAUGGCUGAAGAUAGAUUUCAACGCUGCUAUCCAUUGCCAGGAAAGAUUCAAAUCGUGACAAAGUUUUUGAGAAUCGAUACAGCAUCACAAAACAUGUUAUCGCAGAACUCAAAUCUGUCAACAUUUUCUUACUCCCUAAUGCCGAAGAACAGUUAACUUUGUGUAUGUUUAUGUACAUAUAUUCCGUUAUGUAGUACCGGUAUGAUGUUGUGUAGGUGUACGUGUUUCUCACCCAAGGUCAGUUUUUGUUCAUAAUUACUUGAAGUCCUUUAGUACUUGAUGAAGGGUUGCAUAAUAUCCAGCACGCAGUUACCUAACACUCAAUCCAGAAAACGUUGCUUGAUGUACUAUUAUAUGCGUCAGUCUUAAAUUUCAGAUGCACCCUUUUAAAUGUAAUAAGUUCUUAAUCUGGAGCUGAUUGCACCGGCAGUUUGUAAGUUCAAACUUUGCCAAGUUGAGACCUGACUCAAUACUACUUACUCUAAAACAUACAUUUCUUUAUUUCUGCAUAUAUGAAUACAACAAAGACUGGUGGUUAAGCUUAAUACAUCACUUGACCUCCAUUUGAGUAGUUGAAUGCUUUUGCUUGGAUACAUCAGAUAUUUAUUUGCAAUUGAUUUUCAAAUUACUUGUCUUUACUAGCUCAAGACAUUCAUCAAAUUUUCAUGGAUAAACCCAAUUUAAUAAAUCCAGUUUGAAACUACAGUAACUGAUUGUUACCAUGAGGACCUUUACACAAAUGUUGCGAUGGAUGUACAAACAGCUGGUGCAACACAAUCCUGGCUCUAGAUAUAAACCCAUGACUGUGUAUAAAGAUGGAUGACAUGACAGCUCCCUAAAAAUGAAGUCAAAACAUCUCGAUCCUCAAUAAUAAAAACUCCUGAGGAUGGUUUCUCUCUUUUUAGGCGAGGGAUGCACAUCAUUGGUAUCAACCAAUAUUGGCUUUAAAAUGAGCCACCAGAAUCAGUCAACAUGCUCUUUCUUAUUUUGCACAAAGAAAUGAAAUUAAAUUUACCUGCAUUGAAAAGUAUUGUAUUUCUGUCUCCAUCUGCUGGUGGGCCAUCAUGAUACGAGUAUGCAUGCAUAAUAUGAUGUUAAUUCCACUACAGAAGUGACUUGUUGAUCACUAAAAUUGGGUAGGGAAAAAGUAGAUAGAUCGAUACCGAUACCAGUAUUGGUUAUCGGUCAAAUCAGUUGUUAUAUAUUGGCAUAUCAGACAUCGGCAAAAGAAAUCCAAUAUCGUGCAUCGUUAUUUUAGGUAGUUCUUAUCACAGUGAUGUAUUUUUAAUGUUCCUCCUUUUGCUAAGUUUGGUUUAAUUUGUUAUUUGAUGCUAUAAAAAGGGAUGUGACGUCAUGAUUGACAGCUGUGUGUGACAAUGAGUGUGCUCCUGACUGGGGCGGAUGGGUGUAUGGGCAGGAACUAAAUACCAUAGCUCCAUUUUCGGAUGCUCAAUCCCAGACUCUGGCUCCAAAUGACAAAGAUGGCAGCGCCCAUAUGCGGGAUAUUAUGUCUUCAUUUUUGCACAGUGGGAGGAAAUGUACAGUCUAUGAUCUAUACACUCCCUGCUCAAAAAAAAUUUCCAUGUUGUGUAGGUGUAUUCAUCUGUAGAUUUACUUCAUAGAUUCACAAAGUGUAGGAUUUUCCUUAUGCAUAUUAGGCAGGUUACUAUCACAACUAAAUUAUGUCAAACCAUCUGUGACAAGGUUGCGUCUGGUUUAUUUUAUAGUAACGAUACGACAUUAUUAGCUCAUCAUAGCUAAUACUAACAGCUGUGAUAACCCAUAAUCCAAUCUAAUUGUAUGCCGUAAUUACAGUGUUCCUGAUUUGUGCUCCCUGUUUUUAACUGUCCAAUCGCAUGUCCCUCUCUUCCUCUCUGCGCUCUUCUAAUUGGUUGCUCUCGUCUUUUCUGAGCAGAGAAUCCGACCCGCGCUGCUUUUAACCAGGUUUCAUUUGACUGCUUUCUAACAUCACUCACAUCUCUCCACCACUUCACUUCCUCAUGCAGUGUAUCAAAAGUAACGCCAGAUGUGAGGCUUCAACUUUUUAAUGAGCAAAGUCAGCAUUGUUGUCCCUGUGCAUUCUCAACCCUCUUGCCCUCCCAUCUUCAUCUUAGCCAUCGACAUCUUUCCUUUUGGCAAGGGCUAUCAGUCUUUGGGUAGACAGACGCACACACUGAAAAACAACACCGGAAGGAAAUGACCUGGAAUCCUCAAAAUAACAAGGAAAAAACCCUUCAGAUUGUGAACCAGCAAAGUGGUGUUAAAGCACGCUCAGCCAGGAGAAGCAGCCCCCCCCCUUCACCCUCCAGCUACAGUUUUGGACUGUGGAAAGAGCCCUCACUGACUCUACUUAAAUGGCAAUUAGCUCAUGUUGACCCAGUGACUUUCCUCCAACUGGUUCCUCUUAUUAUCAUGUGUUUUAUUAGUCUGUGAGUUGUAGUUGUUGCUCUCUCUCCUUGCCAAACCAUGCUCAGUUUCAUAUUUGAUCUUCUUGGUGUUUGAUUACUUGAAGGGCAGUGUUUGGUCACCUACAUUUUUCUACCAGUCAGUGUAAAAUAAAGGUUGUGGGGGCAGGGACAAAACAGCAGUGGGGAAGUUGUGAAAUCUGUGUGUGUAAAUCUCUUUAUCGGUUGGGAUGACGAUAUACACGGGCAACAUUUCUGAUAACAGCACCGUCACAGAUUUAGACAUCUUCCUUCAACAGUGACUGAGGUGGGAGAAAAUGGCCACAAAUUCCAGAAACUAUUGGCUCCCAUUUUUACAAAACUGUCUACCUGCGUUAUAUCGAAAUGUUGCUGAUGUGUCAUUGCCUGCAAGGAAAUCUCAAAAACCACCCGGGGCUCUGUCCAUUCCACAGCCAUACGACAGGCAUUUUUUUUACGCUGUUUGUUGCACAAAACUUUUCAAGAAGCCUUCUGCACUGUGUAAAGAGAUAACGUUCUUAGGAGGGGAAGAAAUAAAAGGGGAUGGGGGGGGUUCAAUGGUACAGUCCAAUGGUUUUGAAUCAUGACUUGUAAAUACGUUUUCAUACAGCAAAAACUUUUUGAUAAUGUUUUAAAUGUAUCUGUAAAAAAAGAUGUACAUAAACCUCUGGGGUAAAAAGGAGUGUAGACUAUAUAUGAAUUUAUUUGUACACAAGAGCACUGGAUUUAUUUACUACUUGAUUGUAACUAAAAAUUAAUAAUCUGCCAAAGUGUUUUUAUUUUACUUUUUCUCCUGUCUGUUCCAUUUGUUUGUUGUUGUUGUUUUAUUUUGCUUUUUAACAGCAUUGCAGAUUUUUAGUGUUCAUACUGUAUUUAAUUCUGUUGAAUAGAUUUUAUUGUUGUGUGUUUUUUAAAAAAAAAAGAGGGGUUAUCAUUUUAAUUUAUUGGUGCCUUGUUUUGUGCUCCUGUAUACUUUUACUCUUUCUGUUUUUCUGUGUUACGUGUCUGCGGGAGGGCGAGGGGGGGGGGGCUGGGUUGACUGACGGGUUGGUGAGGGACGGGUUGGGGGGAGUUAAAAACUUAGCAACUUCUGUACUUACAUGGAAUAUCUGUACUGUAUGCCAAAAUGGUCUCACUCACGUUUCUAUGAAAUCAAGCUGUUGAUAAAUAUCUCUA